AUGCUCCUCCCCGCUACUGUCAGCAGCAGCAGCAGCAGCAGCAGCAGCAGCAACACUAAGGUGCUGCUGCAGAUUCGCGAGUGUGUGUUUUCGUCAACAGAAGGCGGCGAGGAGUUUGCUGCUCUCCACAGGCGCGUGGAGUGGUUUCUGCACUGGUUCAUCGAGUCUGCUUCUCCCAUUCACCCAGACCCUCAGUGGUCUGUUUUGCUUCCUUAUCUUUGCUACAUUACAGAAAAAGGGGACAGCAGACAGGGGCCCCAGGGGCCCCCCCCGGGGGCCCCCCUGGGGGCCCCCCUGGGGGCCCCCCUGGGGGCCCCCCAAGGGUUCAGGGAGGAGGGGCUGCUCGAAGCAGCUAGGGAGCGCAUUGAGGAGAUGAAGAGACGAGCGGACGGCUGCAUUGUGGGGCCCCCGUUGACAGAAGGAGACAGUGAAGGAGACAGUCCCUACACG